AUGAAAUGCAGGUAAUGAAUUUAUUUUUUCGCCUCGGCAAAUUUGCAGCUUAUUCCCGACUCACAACUCCCGAGAUAACCCAAUCGACUACCAAAUAACUCCGAUCCGCCGCGCCAUGCCGGUCUUCAAAACCCCCUUCAACGGCUACUCCGUCAAGUUCAGCCCAUUCUACGAGAACCAGCUCGCCGUCGCCACCGCCCAGAACUUCGGCAUACUCGGCAACGGCCGCCUCCACAUUCUCCAGCUCGGGCCGACCGUCACCGAGCGCGCGGCCUUCGACACCGCCGACGGCGUCUACGACCUCUGCUGGUCGGAAUCCCACGAUUCGCUCAUCGUCGCCGCCGUCGCCGACGGCUCGCUCAAGAUCUACGACUCGUCCCUGCCGCCGGCCGCCAACCCGAUCCGUUCGCUCCACGAGCACGCGCGCGAGUGCCACGGCGUCGACUUCAACACCGUCCGGAAGGACUCGUUCCUGAGCGCGUCGUGGGAUGACACCGUGAAAUUGUGGACCGUCGAUCGGCCAGCGAGCGUGAGGACUUUCAAGGAGCACGCCUAUUGCGUUUACUCAGCGGCGUGGAACCCUAGGCACGCCGAUGUCUUCGCAUCCGCUUCGGGUGAUUGUACCACCCGCAUUUGGGAUGUUCGCGAACCAGGUUCCACCAUGAUACUCCCCGCCCACGAAUUCGAAAUCCUCUCGUGCGACUGGAACAAAUACGACGACUGCAUCAUAGCAACAGCAUCAGUCGACAAAUCGAUCAAAGUUUGGGACGUGAGGAAUUACAGAGUGCCGGUGGCCGUGCUCAACGGCCAUGGCUAUGCCGUUCGGAAAGUGAGGUUUUCUCCUCACAGGGGAAGCGUGAUUGCUUCUUGCUCAUACGACAUGACUGUUUGUUUGUGGGAUUAUAUGGUUGAGGACUCUAUAAUCGGGAGAUAUGAUCACCACACGGAGUUUGCAGUUGGAGUUGAUAUGAGUGUGCUCGUGGAAGGGCUUUUGGCGAGUACUGGAUGGGAUGAGCUCGUCUAUGUGUGGCCGCAUGGUACGGACCCUAGGGCCUCGUGACAUGUGGCGU